CGCCUCAGUGUCAGUGCGUGUUGGCACGGUGCAGGAAAAGCAAAGCGCGAGCGAUUUAAGGAGCGCUCGGCACAAACAAAACAAAGUGGAAUUCGUCACGGCCCGCUUUUGUCUCCUCGUCAGAUCACCGCGCGGUGCAGGGACCGAACCUGUAAGUAGAAGGCUGCGUGCGUGCGAGUCGCAAGACAGCCGCUGCAUGCCGUCCCGUCCCAUGAAAAGUCCUCUGAACAUCAGAUGGAAGUUGCAGACUUUGAGCACCUCCGCAUGCACGGUGGGGACUUUCGGGCGCACCUUGACGCGCAGCCCGUGCAUGCGAUGAUUUGACUGUUCCAAAGUUCCAUCCCGCAAACCACGCUGAGCGGGACUUCGGCGAAGAAGGAUAUCUAUCUGCGAAGGACUGGGUGCGUGCGAAUCGGGGUGCCGAGGUGAAGCAAGGACAAGGCGGGCUGCCGGCUUCGGGUUUCAGCCACCGGGGGGCUCCUAGUAUUAAAGUGUGCAUUUGACCCGGGAUAAGUUGUCAACAAGAAGAGCGAGCAGACGCGAACUGGCAGGUGGACAAGUUCAUUUACAUGCAGACGUAUAUUGGGGCCGCUAUAUAUAGAAGUUGGACGAGGGACGAACAGCCUCAAGAAGUUUCUCUCGCAAGACCACCCCCCUCCCCCUCGUCGGCGGGCCCGCUGCAGGAGCAGCUCGGCGCAGCACACCGAGCGUGUGCACACCCCCGACCGAGCUCGCUAGCCUCCCCUGCGGGCUAUAUAUAGGCCGCGCAACCGCCCAAACGCCGCCAGCCCGCUCCGGCGUCUUAAUUCCUCGUGUAGCCAGCCAAUCUGCAUCCGAGAGGGCUGCCCAGCGUGGCUUUGGCUGUGAGGGCGGGUGCCGUCGCAUGGACUGACAUGGCCACCGAUCUCGCCAUGAGCGCAGAGCUGCCCAACAGCCCGCUGGCCAUCGAGUACGUCAAUGACUUUGACUUGAUGAAGUUCGAGGUGAAGAAGGAGCCCCCGGAAGCAGAGCGCUACUGCCACCGCCUGCCGUCGGGCUCGCUCUCCUCCACGCCUAUCAGCACGCCCUGUUCGUCAGUGCCUUCCUCGCCCAGCUUCUGCGCCCCGAGUCCCGGCGUGCAGCCCAACCAGAGCCUCUCCAGCGGGACAGCCAGCACCGGCACCGGCGGCGGCAGCAACAGCAGCGGCAGCGGUGGCGGCGGCAAUAAUCACAGCAACGCGGGCAAGCCUCAGCUGGAGGACCUGUACUGGAUCCCCAGCUACCAGCACCACAUCAAUCCCGAGGCGCUCAACUUGACCCCGGAGGACGCGGUGGAGGCUCUCAUCGGUAACGCACACCACCACCACCACCAUCACCAGGCCUACGAGGGCUUCCGCGCCCAACAGUACGCCGGGGAAGACCUGUCGGCGGCCUCGGCGGCACACCAUCACCACCACCACCAAGCCCACCACCACCACCAUCACCACCACGUGCGCCUGGAGGAGCGCUUCUCCGACGAGCAGCUGGUCAGCAUGACCGUGCGUGAGCUCAACCGGCAGCUGCGCGGCUUCAGCAAGGAGGAGGUGAUCCGCCUCAAGCAGAAGAGGCGCACGCUGAAGAACCGCGGCUAUGCGCAGUCGUGCCGCUUCAAGCGCGUGCAGCAGCGGCACAUGCUGGAGACGGAGAAGUGCACGCUGCAGAACCAGGUGGAGCAGCUCAAGCAGGACGUGGCGCGCCUGGCCAAGGAGCGGGACCUUUAUAAGGAGAAGUACGAGAAGCUGGCCAGCCGGACCUUCAGUGCGGCCGCUCCCGGACCCCCCAACCCCUCCGGGAAGCAGGCCGACUUCUUCAUGUGAGGCCGCAGUCGCCCACGUCAAGACACUCUCGCUUGUUGUCAAAUCUCUUUCGAGUCAUAAUUUUAUUUUGUUUACAGGUUGACAAACGCCGCAAGUAGCAUUAGAUGCACUCCCGAUAAUCCCCGAGCGCAAUUUGAGUCUUAAAACUCGAGCGGAUCGUGUAACGGUGACGUGGGCGCGCAGAUGCGGAAAUCGCGCCCGAGCUGCUCGACAAGUCUUACUUGACAUUUUGAAAGAAAAACAAAAGCUCACUCGAGACUCAUUUCGGUCUUGCAAGUGCAUUUGCUCCCAUCGCAACCCAGCAUGCAGGACAUGUAUGGUCGCCUCACUCGUGUGUAUGGACAGCAUGCCGCUUCGACGUUCCUCCUCCUUCCUCCCUUCAUGCGUCAGGCCUGCAAGAAGCCACCGCAUCACCUAAACAACGCGAGGGCCGCAAGAACUAAAAUGCAACACAAACUGCAAAUUGCGACAAAAAUAUGGAUGUGGCUAUUUUCAAUCAAUUUUUCUAAAGACAUUUGCUGAGCCAGAUUUUAGACUGUAUUUAUUUCCAAGUGUACAUAAAUGUAGAGAAAACGGCAACGUGUUUAUUUUACAUGCGCCCUUUUUAACAAAAAGAAAAAAAAGAAGCAAAAAGAAAUUGCGUUUGUUGCUUGGAUGCGUCCUCUGCACUGAUCAUUUUUCGAGGCAAAGCUCAUGUUUUUCUCGGUCGUAAAACGUCUGAUCCUUAAAAUAUUUAUUUUAAUUUCCGAAGGUAUAUUUGUGUGAUGAAAUUCGCUGCUAAAACUAUGCAUCAAUCAACUGACGAUUCAAAUGAUUUUUAUUUUUUUGCAAACGAAAAAAAGUGCAGCCUGGUUGCAUUCAUAAGAUGUCGCAUCCGCUCAUCGGAGGACGCUUGAAAGGACUUUUCUUUUUCUUUUUUGACAGCUUGGACUUUGACUCGCGUCGGAGUAAGCCAACAAAUUGUCUUUCAAGUGUGCAAUAUUGUGCAGCGCAGGCUUGAUGUUGCAAAAUGGAGCGAAAUAUCCAAAAGGAAAGCCCCAAAUCGGUUAUUUUAGAAUUCACAUUUUCCAGAUGAAUUUAAAUGUGUCCUUUCUAAAUUUAUUUGGCUAACAAAACAUUUGGAAGUUGCGCGUGCACUUGCACUGCUGUUGAUGUAUAUCUGUAAAUAGUUUCUAUAUUUAUUCAAUAAACGUGUCCUAUCCUGUCGAGAAUUGAAAAGGCAACAACGUUGUUGGGAAUCUUGUUUUCAUUAUGUUUAAUAAAAAUACGUGUUCUAAUUCUGCAUGU